AUGAGCCGGAGAGGUCGGUAUUCUGCUGUGAGGCUGCAACAGCUGACUACUGAGCACUUUCCCCUUCCCCGGUGCCUCAAGGAACAAAGGGAGGAGGAAAGAGCCGUUCAGACCGCAUCCACAGAUAUAUGUUCCAUUUUUCUGCUGCCCGAAAACAAGCGACGAGGUGCGGCGAAGACACGAGAUGAGGCACGCCGUCGCACCGUCACAAAGUGUGGAGAAUAAUUCAUUCGCGGUGACAGGCUUGUUAAAGAUAUGCACCCAUUGUGAACGGCUUAACAAAAAGGACUUGGGAGUCAGAAUCCCAAGACCCCUAGGUAACGGACCGAGCAGAUUUAUCCCUGAAAAAGAGAUUCUUCAAGUCAGUAAAGUGGACACCAGGACGCAGUCCAUAUUUGAGGAUGCUUUUGCAGCCCUCGGUCGUCUGGACAACAUUUCCCUCUUGAUGAGUUUCCACCCACAGUACCUGGAGAGCUUUCUCCGGACGCAGCACUACCUGCUGCAGAUGGACGGACCUCUACCUUUGCACUAUAGACACUACAUUGGCAUCAUGGCGGCUGCGAGGCAUCAGUGUUCCUACUUGGUCAACUUGCACGUGAACGACUUCCUCCAGGUUGGGGGAGACCAGAAGUGGUUGAACGGUCUGAGCGAAGCACCACAGAAGCUGCAGCAACUCGGGGAACUCAACAAAAUCCUGGCCCACCGUCCCUGGCUCAUCACCAAGGAACACAUUGAGUGCUUUCUGAAGGCUGAGGAGCAGAGCUGGUCUUUGGCAGAGCUGAUCCACGCUGUGGUCCUGCUCACGCACUACCACUCCCUCGCCUCCUUCACUUUCGGCUGUGGCAUCAUGCCCGAGAUCAACUGUGACGGUGGACACACCUUCAGACCCCCCUCCCUCAGCCAGUACUGCGUGUGUGAUAUCGCCAAUGGCAAUGGUCACGCUAAUCACCAUGACGAUUUGCUUGGCAACCAGGAAAUGUGUGGCGAGGUGGAGGUGCUGAUGAAGAGGAUGAAGCAGCUGCAGGAGUGUCGCGACGACGAGGAGGCCAGCCAGGAGGAGAUGGCGACUCGUUUCGAGAGGGAGAAGACCGAGAGCAUGCUGGUGGUCACAGCCGAGGACGAGGACUGCGUCCCCUCCAGGGACAUCUCCCGUCACUUUGAAGACACCAGCUAUGGCUACCAGGACUUCGCCAGGAGGGGGGAGCACGUUCCCACGUUCAGAGCUCAGGACUACAGCUGGGAGGACCACGGUUUCUCUCUGGUCAACAGAUUGUACCCCGACGUCGGUCAGAUGCUGGACGAGAAGUUUCAGUUGGCCUACAAUCUGACGUACAACACCAUGGCAACACAUAAGGAUGUGGACACCAGCAUGCUGCGCAGGGCCAUCUGGAACUACAUCCACUGCAUGUUCGGCAUCAGGUAUGACGAUUAUGAUUACGGGGAGAUAAACCAGCUUCUGGACCGUAGCUUUAAGAUUUAUAUCAAGACCAUGGUGUGUAGCCCUGAGAAGACCACCAAACGAAUGUAUGAGAGUUUCUGGAGGCAGUUUCAGCACUCCGAAAAGGUCCACGUUAAUCUGCUUCUUAUGGAAGCACGAAUGCAAGCAGAACUAUUAUACGCUCUGAGAGCGAUCACCCGCUACAUGACAUGAAGUGUUUUUGGCAUUUUUAUUGUUGUCCUUUUGACUGUCAUUAUUUUUGUUUGUUUUUGGAAGACGUAAAGAGGAAAAGAAAAACCUGCAAAUAUGUGGAAAAAGAGGUCAUGGUUGUGACAAUUCAUGUUGGUUGGAUGUUGCAAAGACGAUCAAAAUCAAAACGGGAAGAUUUUUGAUGGAGACGAGUCAUCUCAAACUGAGCAGAUCCACAUACAAACACGGAUGUGUUGCCUGCAGUGCCAAAACUGACCAAAAGAGGGCAGCCUUGAGCAAACUCCUGACCUGUUGAGGGGUUUGUGCCGGGCCAAGCUUCAACACUGGAGACAUCCAGGACUAGAUAUCAGUAUUCCAGCAUGCAACACGUUAGUUGCCUGUCUCUCCUUCCAUCUGUUCAAGUGAGAACCCGGAAAAAUUCCCCAGAAAGGAAGCUGUGCAGCCAGAAAGCGUCUGCACUUGAUUCUGUCUUCACUGUCAUGUGUAGUUUCUUUAAUAUCUUUUUAUUUCAUUUUUGUAUGACGAGAAACGGAUGUUGUUGGUGUGUUUAACUGGAGAUGGAUGGAUUAACUAGUGUUUUUCUUUUUUGUUCAGUGUUUAUUUUUUUUAUUUUACGUGUGCCUGAACUAUCCAGCACAGUGUGCAUACGUGCUGAUGCUGCUGCUCCCAUGGUGUAUUUUUAGUGGGAUCAUAUCGAUGCCCAAACCACCCUUCAUCCAAUUCCCUCAAUCCUUUUUUCUAAAAACCCCUGUCCAAAAAAAAUCCACUGCAUUACCCCCCCAUCCCCCUAUCCUUCACCCAAAUCUAAAACGGCAAUGUAAGCUAAUCCAAGGAGUGUGAAAACCAACUCAAAGAACACUGUCUGAGCCCAUUUUGAGUUUGACUGUAUGUGCGUGAAUGAGUUCAUAAUUGAAGUGUGUGUGUGUGUGUGUGUGUGUUUCACAGAAAUGGCAAGA